CAAGAAUCAUCUACAUGGGGCAUCCUACUCUAAAUAGAGAUAAUGAAGUUUUCCCAACAACCAUGUUUUUCUCUGUCCCCUUCAGAAACCACUCACAGGAACAUGGCAGCAGAAAAUCUUUCCACAGUGACUGCGUUUAUCCUCACUGGGCUAACACAACAGCCAGAACUCCAGCUGCCCCUUUUCUUUCUCUUCCUAGGAGUCUAUGUGGUCACAGUGGUGGGGAACUUGGUCAUGAUCACACUGAUAGGACUCAGUGCUCACCUACACACCCCCAUGUACUACUUCCUCAGUAAUUUGUCCUUCAUUGAUCUCUGCCAUUCCACUGUCAUUACCCCCAAAAUGCUAGUGAACUUUGUGACAGAGAUGGACACCAUCUCCUACUCUGAAUGCAUAACUCAGCUCUAUUUCUUCCUUGUUUUUGCUAUCUCAGAGUGUUACAUGUUAGCUGCAAUGGCAUACGACCGCUAUGUUGCCAUCUGUAGCCCCCUGCUUUAUAAUAUCAACAUGUCCCAUCAGGCUUGUUUCUCCCUGAUUUGGGGAGUGUAUAUUAUAGCCCUGGUUUGUGCAUUUGUUCAUACAGUCUGCUUGUUUAGAGUUCACUUCUGCAAAUUUGCUGUGAUCAACCAUUAUUUCUGUGAUCUUCUUUCCCUCUUAAAGCUCUCCUGUUCUAGCACCCACGUCAAUGAAUUACUGAUUCUAGUCUUUAGUGCAAUUAAUAUCCUCGCCCCCAGCCUCAUGAUUCUUAGCUCCUACAUCUUCAUCAUUGCCAGCAUGCUCCGCAUCCGCUCCACCGAAGGCAGAGCCAAAGCCUUCAGCACCUGCAGCUCCCACAUCUCAGCUGUUGCCGUUUUCUUUGGAUCCGCUGCGUUCAUGUACCUGCAGCCAUCAUCUGUGAGCUCCCUAGACCGAGGAAAAGUGUCUUCUGUGUUUUAUACUAUUGUUGUGCCUAUGUUGAAUCCCCUGAUCUACAGCCUGAGGAAUAAAGAUGUCAAUGUCGCACUGAAGAAAAUGCUAGAGAGAAGAAUAUUCUUGUGAUUAGAAAUAACAUGAGGAUCAUUUAUUAGUCUCAGUCAUUGUCUGUUACAUUGUAUGAAUCAAUAUGUUUAAUUCCAGCCCAUUUGUCAAUACACAUUCUCAGUUAGUGGGAUUCUAUUCACAUUAUUUCUUACUCCUAUGGCCUUUUGAUGUCACUGCUCUCUGGAUUUUUCUCUCAUGAGUAUCACUGAGACACAGAUUAGAAGUACUAAGGAUGACCUGGAUACAUGGACCCACUAAUGCCACUACCAUCACCUCCUCCCCUUGUCUUCGGUAAACUGAUAAAAACUCAGUUUGCAACCAUAAUGAAAGUAUCUUCCAGAAGUGCUUAGCCAUAUCCUUUUCUUCUAUGCAGUCAAAAAUAUAAAAAUCAUAGCAAUGUAAUGACUGUAAUCUCUAGUUUUUGCACACCUCUAACCUGGGAAAACCUC